GGAGCCAGUGGAUGAAGUCCUCCAAAUUCCCCCGUCGUUGCUGACAUGCGGCGGCUGCCAGCAAAACAUUGGGGACCGCUAUUUCCUGAAAGCCAUCGAUCAGUACUGGCACGAAGACUGCCUCAGCUGCGACCUGUGCGGGUGCAGACUCGGAGAAGUGGGGAGACGGCUGUAUUACAAACUGGGCAGAAAGCUCUGCAGAAGGGACUAUCUUAGGCUCUUUGGCCAAGAUGGCCUCUGUGCCUCCUGUGACAAGCGAAUCCGAGCUUAUGAGAUGACCAUGCGGGUGAAGGACAAAGUGUAUCACCUUGAAUGCUUCAAAUGUGCUGCCUGCCAGAAACAUUUCUGUGUCGGGGACAGAUACCUUCUCAUCAACUCGGACAUAGUAUGUGAGCAGGACAUCUAUGAGUGGACUAAGAUAAAUGGAAUGAUCUAACAAAGACAUGCCUCCAUAGGCAAUAAACAGCAUCUCAUGAGCGAUACCAAUGCAUAGCUGCAUUGAGGAGAUUAUCACUUGAGCUAUGGGCUUUGCCUAAAAUGGGGGGAAAAUACCACAGUCGGCCCUUUUCAGGCAGUGCUACAUAGAAUCUGAACUACACAUAGGUGAAGAAGGGAGACUGAAGCAAUAGUAGACUGACUGACUUCUGUUAACAAAGGCGUAUGGACAAUAACUGACAUCAGCCAUGUAGGCAAGAGUUGGGGAACUAACACAACAUGAUAAUGAAUUUGUGUAACUGGAAAAUGAGUAGGGACUUUGUAAAGAGAUAUUAUUACUUUGUCACCUGCAGACUAGGAUUGUGCAAUUGAAUUUUCUUUUUUGUCUUGUUUUAGUUACUGAGCUUAGACAAGAGCUCCUAAGGUAGAAAUGAGGAAAAAUACUGGAAGAAAAGGGCCAUCAUUUACAUGGUCAUUCUAUACAACCUUACACUUUGGGUAGGAGAGAAAGCCAGAAGAUGGUGGGGGUUACGUUUGCAUGGAUUUUUUUU